AGUUGAAUCAGCAAUGCCCUGUAAGUAGGUUGUCAAAUCAUCGAUCGUCAAUCGCAUCAUUUAAGAAGCACGAAGCUGCAGUCGACGAACCUCUUCGUUCUUACGAUGUGAGCAGUUUUGUGGGGGAGUUUCUCAAAUGCUCCCAUACCACAAAAAUAGCCAACUGUAGGGAAGCUUGUGGGUUAGAUAGUUCAUUGUCUGUAUGCAUUCUAAUUAGUAAAAGAAUGUGGACUAUUCCAGACGCGUAGUAUUGGUGCUGGUCGACUCUGGUGAAUUGGGGUGCGAGUGGUGGUUAGUUUUUUUUAUUUCGUAGGCUUGGUGGCAAACCUACAAAUACCGCCAUACAUCUGUCUGUCGUUGCGCCGGCUCAGGGGUCCCCGAAUGUCCGAAGCAGGUUUGUCCCCGCGGGCUCGGUUCUUCUCUCUGUGUGUUCGCGUGCACGAUUAUAAAAGUAGCAGCUACGGUAUCAAGUGCUCGCACAACACACGACGAGCCUCGAUCGGAAGAUCUUUUUAGUUGCAGUGAACAUAAAGUCACGCGGAAGCAAGAAUCAGAUCUCCUUAGCGAUGGACGCGAUCCGAUGUCUAUUCGCAAUCAUCAUAGUGCUAACAACGGCUUGCUGUCAGCCGGUUACUGGACAAUUUAAACAGUGCGCCAGGGAGAAAGACUGUAUCGAUAUCCGAGAAUGCGCCAUGUUUGGGCCACAUUUCACGGAGCCAGCCAAGUGGACCGACAGCCUCAAGUUCGAAUUCGGUAAACGAGUUUGCAAACGUGAGUCAGUGAAUGGUGUCAAUGUGUUUAAGGUUUGCUGUCCAUCGGAAGUAACCAAUCUCGGAGAUAGUGGUGGAGCUAGUGGUCGCCGUGGCAUGGACCUGCUGAAUACUCAGGAUUGUGGCUCAAUCUCCGACGAUCGAAUAGCGCACGGGAAGACUGCCAAGUUGUACAUGUUUCCAUGGAUGGCUCUGUUGGAAAAUAACAUUGGGAAGUUCCCGUGUGGAGCGACACUGAUUGCCGACCGAUACGUACUGACGGCAGCCCACUGCGUGCGCGAUGGAGACGUCGUUUCGGUGAGGUUGGGCGAGUACGAUCUGGAUAAGGAGAUCGAUUGUGAUAAGGGUGGUCAAGAUUGUGCUCAACCUGUGCAAGACAUUCCCGUUGAGCGUGUAAUUAUACACGAUAACUACAGCAGCCGAUUCAAGCGAAACGAUAUUGCCCUGAUCCGACUCGCAGAAAAGGCUUCAUUGAAUGACAAUGUAAAGCCAAUCUGUUUGCCCGUUGGACCACUGAUGCGAACUACCCAGAAAAAUUAUUUUGUCGCGGGUUGGGGUAGCACACACAAUGCCGACAAAUCAUCCAAGCUCCAGUUUGCAAUUCUGACCUUAAUGCCAAACGACAAAUGUUUGCAACGUCUGCGUCUUGAGGAUAGAUAUGUUAAGGUAGAGGAUAGUCAGAUGUGUGCGAUCGGAGCAAAUCUGAGUGACAAUUGUUCCGGAGACUCAGGUGGACCAUUGAAAACGAUCAGUCAAAGUGCCCAGUUCGUGCAAUAUGGGGUCGUGUCAUUUGGGCUGAACACCUGCGGUAAAGUGAGUGCUCCGGGUGUGUAUACACGGGUGGAUAAAUACAUUGACUGGAUUCUAGAUAAUCUUGAAGAAUAAGAUGGAACUCUUACCAGUCGAUAAUUUUUUCAUAGCCCAACCGUAGGUUGAUAGUCGAUAGCUAGAGCUCCAGGACGAGAUCCUUUAGAUCGUAUGUGCACAAAAGAACGUUAUUUUAUGUCUAAUUGUAAGGCGCUUUGAAAGCUGAACAAACCACUCAGAUAUUGACACUCAGAAAUGUUAAGAAUUUUACUUUAAAAACAAAUAAAAUGAACCCAACAGAUAGCAAAACCCCCGGUUGUUGCGUUGUCUCUAGCGUGCAUAUAAAGUUUGUUUGAAGAUUAUAAAAAAAAAACUGAUUCACAUCAUAUAUAAUGUUCAAUUUCGUUGGAACAGUGAUACGAGUCGAUUCUUGGUGUUGACUCAACCAGUUCUUCCCCAUCAUCUAGAUGACGCAACUCUUACGAUCAUCCUAGAAACACAAACGGGAACAACAAGAAAGCAGAUGGUCUAACGUUAUUCUACCGUGGCUGAGUAGUUCUUCGAAUCCAAAUAAUUCAUUCACUAUCGAACAAAAUUUUGUAACUGUAUUUUGUGCUGUAUCUUGGUGACAACAACAUUCUAAUUGCACAAAAGCAGGUUAAUAAUAAUUUAAAUACAACAGCAUAUUUUUUUAGCUGAUACCUUACAGAAUAGCAUAUUUUAUAUUUCAUUAAAGUGGAAUUCUACCAUUCGUUAAGAAGGGAGGACUUCCAAUGCGAAAAACCCAGCAGUUUUUAUUUAUGGAAAACCCAACGAUUGUAGGAAAUCCAUUGAAGACUCUUAAAAAAUCAGAAGGCGUUAGAGCAAUUGCGGGCAAGUAUGGCAUAAACCUUUCAUUCCUCGGACGAAAGUAUAUACAACCAAUUUUAAAUUAUGCUGUAGAUCAACAUUGUCCUAUCAUUUGCGUCUUUGGUUCCAACAUAUUUGGCUUUAAUAAAAAGUUAAAGUCGCCGCUUAAAUAUAAAUUUAUACGACACUCCCAAAGAUCAUAUCUAAUUGCUAGACAGACUAUCAAUUUUCGUUUCUAAUUUUAAACCUGUUGAAAUAUGUUGAUGAUAAUUUUCCAAGUUUCAAAUUUUAAAAGAAAUCCAAAGCGAAAGAGUCCAAUUCGCUAGUUUUGUAUGCAGACGCCAGCUUAAGCUGUAUAUAAUUGAAAUUAGAACA